CCUCUCGUGCGGCUGUUCGCUUGGUGUCGCGAAGCUCCACAAUUUCGGUCCCGGAAUAUCGUACCCAGUAACAUUCCCAUGAAUGCUUACCAAAAUCCCCUUGUCUGUCAUCGAAUACAGCUUACUCCCGACUACGCCACUUCCCAGAGUCCGAUCCUUGCCCUUCUCCACGUUCAGGUUGAUACACUGCGGAUAAGACUGCGCUCCAUCCAUGUCCUCGGCUACAUGUAAUGCGAUGAUCUCGUGUCGGAGGACGUAUUGUCCCGCUGCGAGCUCUUCCGGUAUCUUGACCAUCCACGACGCUUUGUUCGCUAUUAGGACAUCAGAUGCCCACGUCGCACCUAAAACGUCUGCUCCGCUGGUAUUCAACCACCCCAACUCAUCAAUCUUGACCCAUUCCAACAUACUCUUGUCUGCAUCUGCACAAUUUCCAUUGCAAGCUGCCAGGUAGGAUAACACGGGCCCUUUAUGCGACACUGGCCAUUCGUUCCAUUGCAGCUUAAGUGUAUCACCUGCGGUGGUGUUCACAUCGAUUCCCCCCGGUUUAGAGUUGAAGUGACAUGUAAUGUUGGUUGUGUUGUAUUGCGAAGGAGGUACGAAGAUGUUCCCAAGGUUCUCUGCAGACCAGGCGGCUAAGCUGGGUAGCGGUUUGCCAGUGAGGGCCAUCUCUGGGUCCCAGCCAUCGUAGACAUCUCCGUUCGAGGUAGUGACGUUUGUUAUGCGACCAUGCGCAGAAAUCGUGGGGAUAAGUGCAGCAAGGGAAGCCGCGACGAGAAGCCACAUCUUGGUGGUAUUGGAAGGAAAGAAGAUAGAAGGAAGAGCUCAAAUGGGACCGGCCACACACACACACAACAAGAAAGUUUUUUCUCGAGAAUAGGUGAUUCCUGCUAGAUUUUAUAUC